CUUUAAGAAAGUCACCUGAUGAAAAGGAAACUCAGAUGGAGGAAGCAGGAAGUUCGUCUACCAAGAAAGAGAUCCUGAGCACAUAAACAGUACACAAAGAACAGAACAAACGCCAAACACAAAGUUGCACGAAAUCAUCGCAAUGGCCGGCAUUAAAGCACUGGUGGGUUUGUCCUUCAGUGGUGCCAUUGGACUUACAUUUCUUUUGCUGGGCUGUGCACUGGAACAGUACGGGGUAUACUGGCCGCUGUUUGUCGUGAUUUUCUACAUAUUAAGCCCCAUCCCGACCUUCAUAUCCAGACGCCUUAGUGACGACGACUCCUCCAGCAAUGCAUGCAGAGAGCUGGCCUACUUCUUAACAACUGGCAUUGUGGUGUCAGCGUUUGGGCUUCCCAUUGUGCUAGCCCGCACUAACAGAAUCGUGUGGGGGGCCUGCGGUCUGGUGAUGACAGGAAAUGCUAUCAUCUUCCUCACCAUCCUUGGCUUUUUUGUUGUGUUUGGAGGUGGGGACGACUUCAGCUGGGAGCAGUGGUAGAGUGCCUACAGACAGAAGCGGAACGGACGGAUGGAUGGGUGGGUAGGUGGAUAGUUACAUGGAUAGACUGCAGACUGAGGGGCACAUGUGUCCUGCAAACAGUGGGGGAUGAUGCUCAUGUACAAUAUAGGCUGCAAACUGUCAAAUUUACUGGGCAUAUUUUCAGGCCGUUUUUUUAAUAUUACAGGGUAUUAGGGUUGGAGGCAACACUGUACCCUAUUAAUGUGCCUUAUCUCUGGGACCAGAGAGACACUGAUGCCUAUACCCUUCUUAUGUUGUAACCCCAUCACUAUCCACCUUAGCCCUCUUAUUUUAGCUUGUCUAGCCUUUGAUUCAACCCCCAAAUCACCUUGCUCAUUGCAGCUGCCUGCUAUGUCGUUAUGUAUCAGUUAAUCAAUUUCACAAAGGGAUCCUAAAGAGUAACUAUUAUACCUUGUUCAAGGGGUAAGGGGCUAUACUGAAUUAUGGCUUGCUUAUUAUGAGCACUGUUUGCUGUUUAAAGUGUAAGACUGGGCGAGUUAUCUUAAUCCAUGCUAUCUGACAACUAGUUGUAGGACUCCUAAUCAGGUAAAUAUAUUAUAUAUUAGAUAUUUGUAUGGAGAUGAUGUGUUUGUGUGUGUGUUUGUUUUUCAUUUUGCUAUGAAACUUUAAAGCCUUACUUUUUGUUCUGGUGCAAUUGUUUACAUUCUCACCAAAGAUCAUUCUAGAGUGCAAAAAUGGAGCAUAUUCACCAGUGAACUGUGAUUUUGAUCUGUGCUAUGCAGCAAUAUGAUCCUCAAAAACAAGCUGAGAAAGCACUGUAGCGAAUGUCAUACAUCAAAGCGUUUAUGUUCAAUUAUUGUGUGCACAGGGAAGAGAAAGUACCCACAUCCAUUUUAUAUUCCUGCAGAUGACAAAAAAAAAUCAUACUAUUGACAAGAGCAUGAUAUUUAUUUGUGAUUCAUAUUUUUACAUGUAGAUUGGUGAAUACAGAACAUGUAUUUUUUAGGUAAAGUGUUUUUGUCCUAAAAGAGACAGUUUCACCUGCAAACUCAUUCAUAAGUGCCCAACAUUCACAGCUUAUGUUUUGAUUAACUGAGAAAUCGCACUGAUUCGGUUUUGAGUCUAUUUUUUGGGGGCCAUCAGAUGCCAUUGAAAUCUGUAAUUGUAAAUUAUCAAUAUUGCUUCCUCAUGUUCUCUGUUCCUUAUGUCAUGUUCCUUAAUAACUGACUAUUAAUGAUGUUUUGUAUGAGCAGCCCACUUCAUAGAGACUAUCACAGAGAAUUCUGAUUUCCUAAUUCCUUUACUGCUUUACAGGGAAUAUAUGAUUCUGUGUCUCACAACUGACAUGUUCAAUAAAAUAAGUUUGUUCUUUCUAUUGUGACUCCCAUUGAAAACACUAACGAGCGCUGAAGAGCUCUCAAAUGUUUUUUAUAAGCUCCUGACUGCAUUUUGUUUUCUAACAUUGAUUAAAACUGUCUGUAUAAACAAA